AUGGAAUACACUCAAGACGUCUCCCCAGACAUUCUUCCUUCCCCGUUGUUUCGAUACCCCUCAAACCAUCUCACCGGCGAAGGUCUGCUUGCUACUGGUGCGACGCCGACUCCUCUGAUACAUAAUGUACCAAAGGCUCCAAGCCCACAGCUACGGAUGGACCGCUUGAAACGGCCCCAUACAAAAUCUCGCCGGGGAUGCUUUAACUGCAAGACGCGGAGAGUCAAGUGUCAAGAAACAAAACCAGCAUGUUUGAACUGUCUACGCAGAGACCAAGACUGUGUCUACCCAGGCAAAGAAGACGGGAGAUGGCCACUAGUGAAGGCUGGUCAGAAACAGCAUCUGAUACCAAGGUUAUCACCAGCCCCUUCGGCAUCUCCGCGAAUUGGCACGGCCCCUUUCACCAGUGACGAUCUGCGCUUUUGGCAUCAUUUUCUUGCCGAUGCACGACCGGGUCUUCCACUGGGAGAUGAGGGCACCUGGUCGUCGGAGAUACCAGCGUUUGCCCACGAUUGUCCCCAUCUCCUCCAUGCGUUACUCUCCCUUGGCGCAUCAUACUGCUGUCUAACCACCUCACAACGGUACAAAUACGCCCCUCUUGCUAUCGCGCACCGGGGCAAAGCUCUCAAAGCCCUCGGCGCCAUUCUUGCUAAAGGCGACGACUGCACUAUGACUGAAAUGGACAGUGCUCUAGCAACAUGCUACGCAUUGACCUUCCAAGCUCGCCAAAUGAGUGAUGGUGUCAUCGACUUUGCCGUCAUGGUGCGCGGCUGCAGCAUCAUAACGAACUGUCCCAAGAACAGAUGA